AUGCGUAAUACAUUUUUAAUGGACCUUGACAACUCCUUCUGGGGAAGCCCUAAUUUUGCUUCUUCUAAAUCAAUUUGCGAGGCGAACUUGGCAGCACAAACUUACCCACCCACCAUCUCACAAUAUGGCUGGGCCUUUCAAACUCCAACAGUGUCCACCGUCUUCCAAACUCCAACAGUGUCCACCUUCUUCCAAACUCCAACAGUGUCCACCUUCUUCCAAACUCCAACAGUGUCCACUAUCUUCCAAACUCCAAAGUGUCCACCCCGUCUUCCAAACUCCAAAAGUGUCCACCCCGUCUUCCAAACUCCAUCAGUGUCCACCGUCUUCCAAACUCCAACAGUGUCCACCGUCUUCCAAACUCCAACAGAGUCCACCGUCUUCCAAACACCAACAGUGUCCAUCUUCUUCCAAACUCCAACAGUGUCCACCAUCUUCCAAACUCGUGUCCACCAUGUUAAAUGUGGAACUUGGAAAAUAAAAAAAGAGUACCUUCAACGUGCACAAUUAGAUAAAAAACGCUACAGAGAAGAACUCAAAGUCUACAGAAAUUCUGAUACGUAUCGUUCAUAUUUAAAAAGGAGAAGAAUUAAAAGCUGCAAAACUAAUGGCACUGAAGAAUCAGACUUUGAUGGCACUGAUGAAAUUGAUGACGAAGACAAUGAGGAGCUCUAUUGCCGAGCCUGUGAUCAGUGGUUUACUACACUCCAUAACAAGAAAGAGCAUCUCUAUGGCAAACAACAUUUUCAGGCGAUCUCACAGAAUGUGAAUAGUUCGUUCUCGCUGGACGAGUCCAGUCUAGACGGCACUUCACUGCCCAGCCGGUUGGGUCCGGCGCCCAGUCAGGAGUUACCCUCUGUUCCUGACGCCAUGGCUCACUUCAUGUCUAGCAUCUUAGAACGAGAAAGGGAGAUGAAAAUUCUACAGGAAAGGCAGAAAAUCUUAAUGGUAAGAAACAAGCAAAUAUUAAAGGAACUGCAAGAGUUAAAGCAAGCUCAAGUGAAACUGCAGAAGCUUUCGUGUCGGCAGAAGGAGGACCAGAACAAGUUGGAAAAAGUCAUUUGCGACUUGUGGGAUGUUCCUGCACUCUUCUAUCGCAAACAAACUCCGUACUGAUUCUGAAAGGAUCGUGAGCACUUGAAAAGUCGACUGAUAAAAUAUAUGUUCUGAGAACGAUUAUAUUUAACAAAAAAUUAGUGCAAUAAAAAAAUAUUAAUGUACAUUUAAAAUGUUACAGAACCUGCAUGGUGAGAAGUAAUUCAAUACGUUGAUUAUUUGAAUUCCAAAAUUAAAUAUUAUUGGUGAGGAAUUUAUAAUAUGCAUUACACUAGUUGAUACAUAACAUAUUGUUUAUUAUCACUUACUAUGGAAUAAGUAAUAAUAAUUACUACUUAUUAAAACAGCACCACAGACAAGAUGUUCACAAAUAUGACCUCUGAAGUCAGUUUUAUAGUCAUUAGAAAACAAAAUGACAAAUCUUGCCAAUUCCUUGGCCUAAUCUGCUCUCUCCAUUUGAGAGCUGGAUCAAUAAAUAUUCUAAUUUGGACUGUGAGAUGUUAUUCGUAAUAUGGGAAAUGUGACAGUCAAUGAGAGAGAUCUAAAUUUUUGUAACAUCCUUUUUUUAUGCUGUACUUUCCAUUUGAACGUAGGCUGGAUAUACCAAAACCUACGCUUCACUUAAAUCUAGGUAACCCUAUGGAUGUCCAGGAGCAACACUGCAAAUGUUCAGAUAUUGGGGUGCAAGAGUAAAUCGGUAGGUCUAGCCUACUGCGGAGGAUGACUGCUGGAGUUGGUGGGGCUCUUUUAAUGUUAAGGGUAGUUGCUAGCCUCUACAUGAAGGCAUGCUACCUCUGCCUGAAUUGACUAGAGAGCUGGCCUCUCCUUCUUCCAAGGUCAUUUGAGAGAUAUAUUGCCCGUUAUCCCUCGUGGAUCUCGACAGGAAGUGGCCCGUCACCUAACCUUACCCAUCCUGAAUACCCUGUCACUCCAGAAGCAAGCGCAAAGGUCCUUUUGGAUAAAAUGCAAUGAGAUAUAUCUCAACUUCUUCUCCUAAGAGAACAAAAUAAUCUGAAGAUGGCUGGUACUUUUCACCAGGGACAUCAUUUAUUACUCAUGUAUGGUGUGCUAGAUUCCAAAAAAAUCUCUGAGGUCAGUGAUUGUUACUGGGAUAGACUUCCACCUUUGUUAUGCUGUACCUAGUCCUUAGGAGGCAGCCUCACUAAGAAAGAAAAGGAAAAAACUUAUUGAUUUAGAACAGCACAUUUUGUUGUUUUCUUGUUGAUUUAUUAAAGAAAUUACUUUGACUAAAUAUCAAAAUUUAGUGAUUGAUUUGAUGCUACUUUUUAAAGAUGAUAUAUGGCUGGUAAAAGAGCAAAAAGACAAGAGGUUUUACUGUGAUAUCAACAACACUAGUCUUAAUAAAUAUUGGAUCUGGGAGAUUCUACUGUAGAAGACCAAUUUGAUAAGGUAUGAUGUUUCCGUCUUUAAACUAACUACUGCAUGCAAAUGGAUUGAUUUUAUAAGUCAACCAAUUAUUAUUAUCCAAAUAGAACUCAAUUUCAAAGAAUAUGUCCCAAAAGGUAAAAUCUAGUCAGUGCAACAAGAAAAUAUUCUUUGAAUGGAGAGAUGAGAUAUUCAUUCACAAACAAGAAAACAGAAUAUCUCAUUGAAUUUUUUAUAUUCAUCUUUAAAAUCUGGGUUGCAUGCUAAGUCUAAGCAACAAGGAUGACUAAGAAAGGAGGCUGUGGAUUGAUAUUAUUUGUUAAUUUCUUUGUGAAUAUAGCUUUGCUACUGGGUUUAUGGAGUUCUUCAUUCUUUUCUCCUUAAAAAUGACCAACUGGAAAAGAAUACAAAAUAUGUUUCAUUGUCUUGAACUCUGCACCACAAUCACAGGCGUCGUCUUCAGAUUGUCUCCUCUUAACCGUCCAAAAGUUACAUCGACUACCUCUAUUCGGAAUUGAUACAGCAAAGACAAGUCCUUAUGACAGAUCCAUUCCAUCUAAUAGUGUCGUAAGACCAGAAAAUACUGUGGGUUGUCAUUGUAUCUUAAAGGAAUACCAUUUAAAGUUAAUUUAAUUUGUACGUAGCCAUUUUAUUAUUUAGACGGAAACAUGCAACUUCAGUUUUAUGAUGAUUACGUUUAGCUUUCAGGUUUUAAACUAAUUUCUAAGAAUAUCAAGGUCAGAAGUUGGAUAUGUGAUUUCUAUUGUCAGAGGUUGAUUAAUCCAGAGGUUCAAUCUUUGAUUUGGUACCAAAAUCAACUUUCCAGCAGUUUGAAAUUAAAGAAUCAAGCUUCAGGUCCUUGUUUUAUCAGUCUAAGUUAUGUGCUUCUAAGUUUAAACUCGACACAAUUCAUACAGAGCAGCUUCUGCCUGAAAAGGAUUUGUGUGGGCUCCCACAGUUUAAGAACGUUUUUUCAGUUGCUAUAUCGGGAAUUUAGAAA